AGAACAUUGGAUCUUCAAAACAUCUUGGUUGAUAAAUAUUGUAAUGAUGGUUUUAAUUAAAUUGUGGUCACGGGGAAAAUACGGCUAAUGUGACUGCAAUUGCGGUUGUGGAACGCUAUUUAAAAUCAUAUUAACCCCCUUCUAUCCCCCUCAAAAUUCUUUCACUGAAAAGCAGCAAGAGGAGGAGAAUGAGGAAUGGUUUCAUGUGCCACUCUGAGGCAUCAACAACAGUGUGCAUGAGAAGCUGCGAUACUAUUACUGGGUCUGUGGUUGUGCCUAGGACUAGGAGUAGGAGGCAUCAAAGAAGUGUUUCUCUUGAUGAUACAAGGUUGAUCAAAUAUGCCAAGUACUCCAAACUUGUUGACUCUAGCACUAGCAGCAGGUUGUUCAAUUCAGCUCACAAGAAAGGUGACUCUGUCUCUGUACCAAACAUCAAGCAUCAAGAGAAUGAAUCAAGGGAACUUCAGAAAAAGCCAACAGAUUAUGUCUUCCAGGUGGUUGUGAUGCGGGUUGCUAUUCAUUGUCAAGGAUGCGCGAGUAAAGUGAAAAGGCAUCUGUCUAAGAUGGAAGGAGUUACAUCAUUCAGUGUAGAUGUAGAGUCCAAGAGGGUGACAGUAAAGGGACACAUUUCUCCGGUGGGAGUCCUUGAGAGCAUUUCAAAGGUGAAGAGGGCUGAGUUCUGGAAUUGUUAAAGCACCUAAUAGUACCUUGAUUGUUAGCAGCAGUGGAGAUGCACAGCUAGACUAAACAUGUUGGAAAUUUGUCUUUGCCUUUGCCUCCUCUAGAACUUUAUAUUAUGAUGUGUGUGUUUGCAUUCAUGUUAAUUAGGUGAUUCAAAAACAUGUGAUUAUUGAAUUCAUAGACAAUUUAACGAUAUCUAGCCUCUCAUUUCUAUUU